GAGGGCCUCUAGCUCAACACAGGAAACGGUCUUGGAGCAGGCCUUAAAUGCUAGAUUCCAGGCAGGGUUUAACUAACCACUGACAGCUCUGUAAACAAAGCCGGGACAAAAAAGAGAACAGCUUUCCCUUUUCUGGUAGUCAUUUUUACUUGGUGGGCCUGCAGGAGAAUUCUCCUAUAUUUGUCUCGAUAGGAUAUAAACCAAAGCCUGAAAGGGUUUUGCGCAUGAAGGAGCUAUAAAGGAGCAAGUAUUUUAUGGAGUAAAAUCUGACAACAAGAAGUCUGAUUUGGGGGAUUUAUCUGCACUUGAAUAUAUAUCAUGGAUGACUUUGAACGUCGCAGAGAACUUAGGAGACAAAAACGGGAGGAAAUGCGGCUGGAGACAGAAAGAUUAUCCUAUCAAAGAAAUGAUGAUGAUGAUGAAGAAGCUGCCCGAGAGCGACGCAGACGAGCCCGUCAAGAAAGACUGCGGCAAAAAGAAGAGGAUGACUUAGGGCAAGGAAUUGAGAAACCUGAAAUGAAUGCCCAAAAUAACAUUGCAGAAGGAGAGUCCAGAAGUACUUCUACAGUGACCACUGUUACGACCACUCUAGGUGAUGGAGACGACGAUGCUGUGUUCCGGGAGAGGAUGGCGCGGAGGGAGGAAAGGCGUCAAAAGCGUCUUCAAGAAGCAUUGGAGCGCCAAAAGGAACUUGACCCAACUGUUACCGAUGAGACCGUGUCCUUCACAAGCAAAAAAGUGGUGAAUAAUGUGGAGGAAAAUGAGACCCCGGGAAAAGAAGAAAAGGUAGAAACCCACAGAAGACACUAUGAGGUGGAGGAAACAGAAACCAUCACUAAAUCGUACCAGAGGAACAACUUGCAGCAGGAUGAAGAGGAUGAAAAGAAAGAUGAGGAAUACAAAGAAGAGAUGGAAGACCAGAAACCAAAGCCACAAGCCCUAGAGGAGAAUCAGGUAGAAUUAACUGUAGAGAAGGAGAAUAUAGACAAUGAGGAGGAAUCUGCAGUCUUGGAGGGAAAACAUCUUGAGGUAAAUGCAGAGGGGAACAAAUUAGACAAUGGCACCCAUGUCCUUGCCAGUUCAAAGGAGGACCUCAGCAUGACAGUAGUCGUAGGUGAAAAUAAGGAGGAAGACAAUGAGGCAGAAAUGAACCAGAUACAAAUUGAGGAGAGGGAAAGGCUGGAGAGGAAAGAAAGGGAGAGAGCCGAAGCUGAGGAGCAGAGGAAAGCAGAGGAAGAAAAAGAGAGAUUGGAAGCAGAGAAAAGAGAAGCUGAGGAGAAAGCAAAAAGAGAAGCUGAGGAGAAAGCAAAAAGGGAAGCUGAGGAGAAAACAAGGCUUGAGGCAGAAGAGCGGGAGAGGGUGAAGGCAGAAGAACAGCGGAAGGCUGAGGAGGAGAGAAAGAGGAAGGAGAAGGAAGAGGCAGAGAAGAAAAAAGCUGCCCAGGAGAAAGAGAGACGCGAGGCUGAGGAGAGGGAGAGGAGGAAGGCAGCCGAAGAGAAAAAAGCAGCGGAGGAACGAGAGAGGGCUAAGGAGAAGGAGAAGAGGGAGGCAGAGGAGAGGGCCAAAGCUGAGGCGAAGGCUAAGCUAGAAGAGGAGAGGUUAAAGGCCAAGCAAAAGGCCGAGGAGAAAAAGGUAGACCAGCUGAAAGGCAAGAAAGGGGACGAGAAGAAAAUAGAAGAGAAGCAGGUAAAAGAGAAGAAACUCCAAGAGGAGAAAAUCACAGCAGCUUCCCUCAGGAAACAGGGGGAAGAAAAUAAAGUGGAAGCUAAAAAAGGAAACCUACAGGAGAAGAAGCUUCAGCCAGCCUUCAGGAAAGAGGAGAUGAAAGAUAACAAACUGAACAGAGAUAAAAUGCCCAAAGAAGAGGCAAAGUCCAUCUGGGAUCGCAAGAAGGGAAUUCCAGAUUCUAAGCCACAAAACGGGGAAUGCAUCCAAGAACUCCCUGCUCACAAGCUGAAGCACACCGAGCAUGCUUUUGGCCGACCGGGGUUCAAAACCACACCAGGAUCCGAAGAUGCCAAACCGCAGGUGGAAGCUGGCAAGAGGGUGGAGGAGUUGCGCCGUCGGCGGGGUGAAAAUGAGAGCGAAGAAUUUGAGAAGCUGAAGCAGAAGCAACAGGAGACGGCGGUGGAACUGGAGGAGCUGAAGAAGAAGCGUGAAGAACGGAGGAAGAUUCUGGAAGACGAAGAACAGAGAAGGAAGAAAGACGAGGCGGAGAGGAAAGUUCGGGAAGAGGAGGAGAAGAGGCGGCCUGAAGGAAGAAAUUGAGAAAGAAGGGCAGAAGCCGCCGAGAAACGCCAGAAGAUACCAGAUGAAGCACAGAGUGAUGAUAAGAAGCCCUUCAAGUGUUUCACUCCAAAGUGUUCAAGUUUGACCAUAGAAGAACGUGCAGAGUUCUUGAACAAAUCCGCCCAGAAGAGUGGCAUGAAACCUACUCACACUACUCCAGUUGUCUCCAAGAUAGACAGUCGGCUGGAACAAUAUACCAGCGCAAUUGUGGGCAACAAAACUGCAAAGGCCACCAAGCCAGCUGCUUCUGACCUCCCAGUUCCUGCUGAGGGAGUUCGUAACAUCAAGAGCAUGUGGAGAAAGCAAUGUGUUGCAUCACCCUCUGGAAUGGGGACACCCAAUAAGGAAACAGCUGGGUUGAAGGUUGGAGUCUCCAGUCGCAUCAAUGAAUGGUUAACUAAGACCCCAGAAAGCAACAAAUUGGCUGCUUCCAAACCAUCGGACUUACGACCUGGAGAUGUAUCUGGCAAACGCAACCUUUGGGAAAAGCAGUCGGUUGAGAAGACCCCUUCUUCAUCAAAGGUCACAGCAGCAGGAAGGAAGUUGGAGACUAUGCAGGUUUGAGACAAUUUGAAAAGGAGCCUUAAGGAAGCCACCAAUUACGCUGGACCAACUCGGUUUUCAAAAACAGAAGUGCUAAAAUUUGUCCUUUCCUUUUUAUAUAUAUUUAUGUUUGUUUUUGUUGGUUUACUUGGGAGGGGGCGGGAGGGGUUGGCUACAUUAUCCCAGUUUUUAAGGAAACCAUGUAUAUUAGCACUGUAUUUAAUAUUCAGUCUUAAAACAUUUGUCUUAAUAGUAGUGUCUUUGAACAAGAGCCUUAUUCCUCAAAAAAAAAGAAAACCAUGCUGUGAAAGAGAGAGAGACUUCUACUGACAGAGUCUCAACAAACUAUAUGUCCAGGCAGGAGGAGAAGGGGACAUCUACUGUGCACAUCUUCCAUUUGUGGGUCCUAUCCCAAAUAGAUGAGGCCAACCCAGGCCUAGGAUAGGAGGAACAGAGGCCAGAUCAUUCACAACAGUGGUGGGUUCCUCUCCCCAUCACUACUGGUAUGCUGCACAUGGGGCCGGGCAUCCUGGUCGUGCAUGCGUGCUGCGCAUAUAUGUGCACUCCACUGCCCCUGCGACACCAAGCUGCUUGUCGAAGGUUCGCAGGCGCCGCACGCUGUGUGCGCAGGCGCAGUUGGCCGGUUGCUUUAAAAACAGGCAUGGAAUGCGGGUGGGUGGUGGACCAAAUGAGCCACUGUAUCGGUAUGGUGGCCGCUUCUCCCGGCUACUACCGGUACGCCCGUACCGGGCCGUACCAGCUGGAACCCACCUGAUUCACAAGCAGAGCACCUGAACAGUGGGUCCUCAAGAGUCAAGGCAGAGUCAACCUCUUUGACCUACUGUUGACUUGAGUGUAAGAAGGUUUGGUAUAAUUCCCUGUAGCCUAUUGUGGUCUACAGAACACUUAUAUGAUAGGUUCAUCAUCUUUGGUGACCCACCACCUUUGAUGGCACCACGGCCUUCUCCCCCUUUGCUCUCCAACAUCAUGUCACAGAUUGCCAUGUGUUGUUGCUGGAGUGCCUAAUCCACCGCUUACCUUUUUGCUUAGGUCAUACCUGUAAGCGGAGGUCACCUUCUCCAUCUUAAGGUCAUGUGUAGAGCAAAGGAAUCUUGCUUUCCAUGAAAGGAAAGUAGGAGAGAUGCAAGGAAUUAGGUGCUGUGGAUCGUACCCAAGUAUCCUUCCUGUAGCUAAGUGGGAUGAGCCCCAUUUACACCCGCCCCCUUUUCAGCACUUUAGAGUAAGGCAUGGAAGAAACAUGCUAAGUUGGCGAUUUCCUUCCGUAAGAAGUCUAUGACAAAUUAGCAUCAUCAGUACAAUUUUCAUAGUUUUAAAAGUAGCUCCCUUUGGUAAGUUAUAGUUAAUACCCUGAAUUUGGACAAUUGCAAUCGGCUGUGGUACUGAUAACGUUUCUCUCUCUCUUUUUGUUUGUAUUUUUUAACAGUUUUAGAACAUUUCGCUUUUUAAAAUGUCAUGUAUAAGGCACUACUAAUAAUAGAAGGCUUUUAAUACUUAUUUACUUCAUUUAGCUAUAAACUUACAUAAGUAGCCAAUAUCACAACUUUUUUUAAAAAAAAAUACACACCUUUUAUAUUAAUUCCAUAAUUGCCAUUAGGGACAGGGCAAGAGAAGUAUUAGAUUUUUUUUAAAAAAAAUAAUAAUAAAAGAUGAGCGAUUAAAAUUAUAGUUUUAAAGAGGGAAGGAAAAAAAAAGUUUUAGGUCAUAGGUCACAUGUAUAAAACGAUAUAGCUAAUUUAUAUAGAACUACCAUAAUUACCA